AUGACACUGCCCGGGGUGUCCGCCACGCUCAUCCAUCAAGUCGAAGAGGCCCUGGAUGAAGAUGAAGAGGAAAUGUUGCUCUUUCUGUGCCGGGAUGUUGCUGUGGAUAUGGCUCCACUCAAUGUUAGGGACCUUCUGUAUAGUUUAAGCAGCAGAGGUAAGCUGUCCUUCAUGGGCUUGGCUGAGCUACUGUACAGAGUGAGGCGCUUUGACUUGCUCAAGAGGAUCAUGCAGAUGGACAAAGCAGCUGUGGAGAGCCGCCUGUGUGGACACCCUCACCUUAUCUCGGACUAUAGGGUGCUGCUGACAGAGAUUAGUGAAGAAUUGUGCAAAUCUGAUGUGUCUUCAUUAAUCUUUCUCACUCAGGAUUACGUAGGCCGAGGCAAACUAGCCAAGGAUAAGAGUUUCCUGAAACUUAUGAUUGAAUUGGAGAAGCAAAAUCUGAUUGCUCCAGAUGAACUGAAUUUGUUAGAGACGUGCCUGAAGAACAUCCACAGAAUAGACCUGAAGAAAAAAAUCCAAAAGUAUAAGCAGUCUGCUCAAGCAUCAGCAGGGACAAACUAUAUGAAUGCUCUCCAGGCAUCGCUUCCAAACUUGAGUCUCAAGGAACCUUCGUAUCCAGCAGGGCUACAGAAUGGAAGAAGUAAAGAACAAGCAGUGGGUGUGGGACACCUGGGCAUUCAAAGAGAACCAGUGAAGAUGUCCAUUCAAGAAUCUGGAGCAGUUUUGCCUCGGUACAUAACUGAAGAGAGAUACAGGAUGCAGAGCAAACCACUAGGAAUCUGCCUGAUAAUCGAUUGUAUUGGCAAUGCCAAAGAGUCUCUUCAGCAUACCUUCACAUCCCUGGGCUUUGAUGUUCAGGACCACUUUGGUCUAAAAGUGGAAAAUAUUCAACAGACUCUUAAACGAAUUGCCUCUCUGUCCCAACACCAAAACUAUGACAGCUUUGUGUGCAUCUUGGUGAGCCGAGGUAGCUCCCACAGCUUGUUUGGCGUGGAUUGCACUCAGUUUGGGCUGUCCUUUGAUUUCAUCAAGAGACUAUUCAUGGGCGAUAAAUGCCCUUCUCUCUUAGGAAAGCCCAAACUCUUUUUCAUUCAGAACUAUGAAGUGUCUAAGAACCAAUGGGAGGACAGCAGCCUUCUGGAAGUCGAUGGAGCAGGAAUGAACAAUGUGGAUUCCAAAGCAAGGCAGCCUGGACCCUUCAUGGUCCACCGAGAAGCUGACUUCCUCUGGAGUCUGUGCAGAGCAGACGUGGGCCUGCUGGAGCAGUACCCCAACUCAAACUCGAUGUACCUAUCAUACCUUUCCCAGAUUCUGCAGCAAAGAAGAAAACUCCCACUCCUAGAUCUCCACGUGGAACUCCACAGCAAAAUAUAUGAUUGGAACAGCAAAGUGUCUCCUAAAGAGAAAUACUUUGUCUCACUGCAGCACACGCUGAGAAAGAAACUCAUCCUCUCCUGA